AUGCGACCUCCGACCACCCGCACACCCUUGAUCAGCAUUGCCAAUGGCACCUUCUACCGCCACCAUCCCAAUGCAUCUUCCAUACAUCCAAAUCCGGCUUUAUUCUCUAACCUGAACUUUUCUUUGCCUUCAGCAGCAGAGCCGCCGACGCAUUGGUCCGUGAUUGGACCUUCGCUUAGUGGAAAGACGACCUUUUUGCAGCUGUUAAGGGGCCAGCAUUUGUGCUUUCCUGCCACAGCUCGGAGCUUUCCAUAUCUGUCAACGGAAUAUGUUCCUCAUAAGCUACGAGUACCCAGCAGAGCAAUAAAAUAUGUUGGCUUCAGUAGUGAGGGUCUAUCAAACGGGCCAACGGCUGCGGCCUAUCUUUCGGCACGCUACGAGUCUAAGCGUGAGAAGACGGACUUCUCUCUCCGGGACUUUUUGCUGGGGAACACAGAGCUCAACGCCUUGAAAAGCGACGACGAUAUUGUUGAUCCUGGUCUACUUGACCGUGUGGUGAGAGACCUCAAGCUGUCUCCGUUGUUGGAUCUCCCCGUGGCAUUUUUGAGUAAUGGACAGGGACGAAGGGCGAGGAUUGCCAGAGCACUGCUCACCUCACCGGAGCUACUACUACUGGACGAGCCUUUCAUGGGCCUCGAUCCUCCCACGGUAGCCAGCUUGAGUCCACUUCUGCAUGGACUGGCCAGCAGUGCUAGUCCACGCCUCGUGCUCAGUGCCAGACCCCAGGAUCCAAUUCCAGACUGGAUCACGCAUCUUAUUUAUCUAAAGAGUGACUGCCAAGUCGGGGCUAUGGGCGAGAAGGAGGAAGUCCUCGAUAAAUUGCGACAAUACGUCAAGGGUGUCUGGAACGGUGUAUCCAAGGAAGAUGAGACCUUGGCCGUGCAUAACCUGGUGCAGAUGGGCAAGAAAAUUACAAGGAAUGGGAUUGAAGGUGAGGCCCUCAUGGGCGAAGAAGGCACUGAAGUGGAUAACGAGCCACCCAUCGAGAACGAGGCUCAUCAAACUGCGGGGGAGCCCUUAAUUGAAAUGGACGGUUGUCAGGUGCAAUAUCGAGGUAAGAUUGCGCUUGGAAACUGGAAGCAACAGGUCAAUGGUCAAGAGAAGACUGGCCUUCUCUGGACAGUCAGAAGAAGCGAACGCUGGGGUAUAUUUGGGCCCAAUGGGUCCGGCAAGACUACUAUUCUAUCGCUCAUCUGUUCUGAUCAUCCUCAGACCUAUUCUUUGCCCAUCAAACUCUUUGGGAGGAGUCGACUGCCCGAGCCAGGCUCGUUACCUUUGACGAUAUGGGACAUCCAGUCUCGCAUCGGACAUUCAAGCCCCGAGAUUCAUCAACUCUUGCCUCGCAGUUUGACAGUACGGCAAGUGCUGGAAAAUGCCUGGGCUGACACGUUUCGCACAAAGGCAUCUUUGACAUCCGAGAAUAAGGAAAGAGUAGAUGCCGUACUUCGGUGGUUCGAGCCCGAACUUAACCCAGCGCAUGCCACGCCGUCGAGCACUCUUACAGAAAACGGCCUGGCCUGGGCUGAUCAUUACAUGUUUGGCGAACUUUCCUUCUCCGCCCAGCGCGUUGCCUUGUUCCUCCGCGCCAUCAUCAAGAACCCCGACAUUGUGGUCCUGGAUGAGGCGUGCAGUGGGAUGGACGAUGGCGUACGUAAUCGCUGCUUGCUCUUCCUCGAGCACGGCGAGACAAGGACGUACAUUACAAAGGACGACGGCUCGGAGGUCGUAGUCGAGAGUGAGGCCUCCAAGACUGGCACUGUCAAGAUGGCUGGCCUCAAUGAUCAACAGGCUUUGAUAUGCAUCAGCCAUGUGAGGGAGGAAAUUCCCGACUGCAUUAGGGAAUGGCUAUGCCUGCCCGAGGCCAACUCUGGAGACAAGGCGAGGUUUGGCCGGUCAAGGGGAUCUCUGGGGAGAGACGAGAAAGGUUGGCGUGAAAUUUGGGGCAUGGCGUAA